UUACAUUAUACGUAUAAUAUAGCUCUCCCGGCAAACUUUGUUGUUUUUGCUCAACAGACACUUCAUACAGUGUUUACGUACUCACAUGUGCCGUGUUUAUUGUGUAUCUGUUAAAUCGAGUGGAUAAACUGUGUGGUAUUGUUGAGAAAAAAUAAAUAAAAAAUGACUUCGUGCACCGAUCCCCUCGGUCUCAACGAGACCAAGUUAUUCAAAGAUCUCAAAAGUUGUCUGCCCAAGGAUUUUUCCAAGGACACGAGGAACAUCCUGGAGAUCCGCGAUGAUAUCCUGUACGUCUGGAACCCCGAGAAAUCUUGUAUACUCACGCUGUUGAACGUUUCGGCGGUUCGAGGGAAGCACGGGAGUGCUACGUUUCAGAGUUUGAUGCCCAUCGACCCACCGAUCUUCGAAGUGACCGACCUGACGAUCAACGAAACCGUGACGCAACUGGCCCUCUGGGGUCAUUUGGGCAUCGUCGUCGUCGAGCUACCCAAGCGCUGGGGUAAGGAUGCCAAAUUCCAGGGCGGCAAAGAUGUCAUCUCCUGCCUGAGUUACAACUUCGACGGGUGCUGUUCCCAGCUGGCGACGACGGAGAUACGGAAGGUCCGCUGGCACCCCGGCUCGCUGACGGACUCCCACCUGGUCGUGCUCACGGCGGACAAUGUUUUCCAGUUGUACGAGUGCGAGUUGGGGGACAAGCCGGAGCUUGUGAGGAGCUGGAAGGUCGGGCCCUCGAAUUCGUCGAUGAGGAUACCGAGUUUCGCGGCGCUCGGCGAAGCGGCCGUUGACUUUGACUUUGCCACGCCGGCUGCCGACCACAACGACAACGACAUGGACGCCACGGACGCGUGGCGGCAGAUCGAGUGGCCCAUCCUGGUUCUUCGGGGCAACGGCGACGUCCUGCUGGUUCGCGGUAACGUCCUCAUAGAUGACAACAAGCCCGUAGUUUUCGGCUCGCUCUCGAUGUACCCUCCGGCCUUCGACAAUUACGGUACCGAUUCCUGCUCGAUCCUGUGCCUCCAGACCACCCCUCCGCUCGUGGUCAUAGCCUCGUGCUUGGGCAAGAUAUACCACGCAGUUUUGCUCACCGACAACACGGAGGAGGAGGAGGAAGAAAAAAAAACGUGGUCCCAGUACGGCUCGACGUACAGUCUUCACACGCCCGACGAGGCGCUCUUUGUGUUCGAGUCGAUAGAAAUGGAGCUCGGGCUCUUCUACGCGGACAAGGACAAAAAGUACUCGUGUCCCAUUCACCUGCACGCCGAUCGGGAAAACCGGUCGAGGUACUUUUGUUCGCACAACGCUGGUAUUCAUCUCGUCAACGUUCCGAUGGUGGGGCAACUCGACGACUACGUAGACGCCAGCGAAAACAGCGUUGAUUUGCACCUGCCCAAGUUCAUGAAGGAGUCGAGCGCGCAGUACCUCGUGAGCACGCGCACAAAGUACACGAGCAAGGACGAGACGACGCCGAUUCUCGGCUUCGGCCUGCUUCAGGAGCCCUGCGUCCUGAUAGCCCUUCUGCACACUGGUGUGGUCGUCAACAAGUCGAUCGUCGACCACUGCUACAUCUCGAAAAUCGAAGCGACCGCCCCCGUUACCAGCCCCAGCAAGAAGGUCACGAAAGAGCCCUUCGAUACGCAUGUGAAGAAACUACUGUUGAACAGGGAGGCGUCUCAACCGCUUACGAUGCUUGGGUUACGGCAGAAUAUGUCGCCUCGCGAGUACUUGGAGUUGUUGUAUCGGGCAACGUCGAUUUUUCGUAAACAGCACUUUGUUCACCACGACAAGGUUCGGGAGGAAUUCGCCAAAAAGGUGCGAACUUUGAAGGCUUUGAAGAUACAUCAGCUGAAGGAGCUUGAGUAUCUGAGCGAGGAAAAAAUGUGUUUGCAAAAGAAAGCCGAGAAUUUGGCUGAGAAGUACGAGGAUAUCAAGGACAAGCAGGAGGAACUGGCGAAGAGGGCAGAGGAGGUUCUUAGACUGGUACGUUUUAAAGAACCAAACAUGAAUCCUAUGGAACGGGCUGAGGGUGAGAAGCUCAAACAAAUGUCCGACAAAGUUAAGGAUAUGCGCGUUCGCAUUGAACAGUUGAAGAAGAAAAAAACUACUUUCCUGGAAUCGUUAAAUCAAACCAAUGUUACCGAUGAAAACACUCAAAUUGUCUUAAAGCCAGAGCAAGUUGAAUUUUUCAAGGAGAGUCUGGCUCAAAUGGGAAAAGACGUUGCUGAACUGAUAACUCGCGCGAAAAACCUUCAAGACCAAGUGGGAUUAUAAUUGCAGUGUUAUUGUAUUAUUUUUUAUAAAAUCAAUUAAACGAAUAUUUUUAAAAA